GCGGAUGACGCAGCAACAGCAGCGAAGAAGAAGGCAGAGGACGCCGAGUAGGCACGUCUGCUGGCAAUUGAACAACAGCGCCAGCACAACGAGGCAGCAGCAAAGGCUGCUGAUGAAGAAGGAGUUCAACGGCGGGAAAAGAUAUUUAGCGGAGAGCAAACUUUGCUCACAAUGGCAUCGGAUUGGCGGGCCGAGGCCGAGAAUGGCAAGAUGGAGGAUAGCGAAAACAAAAUCGCUCUACUCCUCUCCCAUCUCACAGACCUCCUGGCAACAUGCAUUACACAGCAGGAGGACAUCCACAGCCUCGACGACGUGCUAACUCAAGUCUGCGGCAGCCUCCGGCAGCUGGAGCAGCGACCUGUCGCCGCCCCCGAUGCCAGCUCUUCCAACACCUCCGAUCGCCUCCAAGCAUUGGAGAUGGACGUCGGCUCCCUCAAGGAGGACGUGCAGUUACAGCAGACCGCAACUGGCCUGCCCGUCGAAAGGCAAGGGCAAAUCGGGAAACUGAGCACCGCCGGGAGUGACUCGGCGACACUCUCGACGCCUUCGGAACCGGUCACUUUGCGGGUGACCGCCCUUUGUUCCAAGGCACAUGUGGAAGUCGAUAGUCCUCUUCUCUAUUCUUUUGAGGACUAUGCUGCCCGGCUCGUUCCUACGCUGGGUACUCAAGCUCAAGGACAAGACGUGUGUGCGGCAUCUUCUCCGUCCGGCAGCCGCGACUUAUCGUCUUUAAGUGGUUCUUCACGGGAUUCGGCGCGCGAGUUCAACAUAGAGGUAUUGGACCCGCUCACGUCCGAGGACUUUGCAUGGCUUCCUCUCCCGACCACGGGCCGCCUGUCGGGGCCGCAAUGUGCAGCACUAUGCACUCAUCUCCACACGUACUUAUCCUUCUAUGCACCACCAACUUCGCCGACGGAUGACGAAGUCGCGAUGGGGGACAUCCUUGCGUAUGUUACCAGGGUGGCCCGCGAGUUUCGCACGCAGCGGUACGAUGACAACAACGCACCACUCAUGUAUGUCCGCAUCCAGGUUGGGCAAGCGUUCUGCAGCGCUUUGCUGGAUAGCGGCGCGUCUCGCAAUUUCAUGAGCCAAACCUUUAUGCAAAGGUCUGGCCUUGGCGCACAAGUUCGGAGGAAGGCAAACCCGACGACGAUCAAGUUGGCGGAUGGAAAGACACAGCACCUCCUCGACCGUUACAUCGAAGUCGUACCAGUGUAUUUUGCACCUCAUGCAAGCGAACCGGUGACGUUCGACAUUUUGGACACGGACUUCGACAUCAUUCUGGGAAUGCCUUGGCUUGCAAGUGCGGAUCACACGGUCAACUUCCACCGGCGGACUCUUAGCGUUCGCGACGCUUUCGGCGUCGAAGUGCCAUGUACUAUUCCUCUUUCACACCCUUCGAUUCGGUGCCAGGUGGUGACGGCCAAAUCAUUCUGGGCGACUUGCGCUUACGAGCAGCCCGAGGAAAUCGACCUAUGUUUCCUACGGACCAUCGCGGUAGCCGACUCUUCACCCACAGACUUGUCUUCGGACUCCCGGGUGGUGCGGUUGCUGGACGAGUUCGCCGACAUCUUCGAGUCACCUACCGGUGUGGUGCCGGAUCAGCCGAUCUCUCACGAGAUCAUUCUUGAGGCCGGUGUCGUGCCACCGAAAGGUUGCAUCUAUCUGAUGAGCGAGGAGGAGUUUGAGGUCCUCCACGCACAACUCGAUGAUUUGUUGGCCAAGGGCUGGAUCCGCCCUAGUAGCUCCCCAAAUGGAGCACCAGUUCUCUUCGUCCGGAAGAAGAACAAGGAUCUACGACAGUGUAUCGACGACCGCAUGCUCAACGUGCAAACCGUCAAGAAUGCGGGGCCUCUUCCUCGCAUUGACGAUCUUCUUGAGCGAUUGGGCGGCGUGAAGUAUUUUUCUAAGUUGGAUUUGAAGUCGGGAUAUCAUCAAAUCUCAAUCCAACCGAACGAUCGCUACAAAUCCGCGUUCAAGACACGGUACGGGCAUUUUGCGUGGGUGGUCAUGCCUUUUGGCCUCACCAACGCCCCGACGACCUUUCAAGCGACAAUGACUCAUGAGUUCCAUGCAAUGCUGGACCGGUUCGUGUUGUUCUACUUAGACGAUAUUCUCGUCUGUAGCCGGACACUGGAGGAUCAUCUUGGGCAUCUUCGAUAAGUGUUGGAGAUGCUCCGCCGCGCCAAGUACAAGACCAACCGC